AGGAUACAGCGGCCGCGGGGGCGGUGCCUGUCGCUUCUGCCCCGCUCAGCGCGCUGCCCGGCCCUCGCGGCUCGCUGCUCCAUUUCCACCAUGGCUCCCAAAGGUGGCUCCAAGCAACAGUCUGAGGAGGACUUGCUUCUGCAGGAUUUCAGCCGCAACCUGUCGGCCAAGUCCUCGGCGCUCUUCUUCGGGAACGCCUUCAUCGUGUCCGCCAUUCCCAUCUGGUUAUAUUGGCGAAUAUGGCAUAUGGACCUUAUUCAGUCUGCUGUUCUGUAUAGUGUGAUGACCCUAGUAAGCACUUACUUGGUAGCCUUUGCAUACAAAAAUGUGAAGUUUGUUCUCAAGCACAAAGUAGCACAGAAGAGGGAAGAUGCUGUUUCCAAAGAAGUAACUCGAAAACUUUCUGAAGCCGAUAAUAGAAAGAUGUCCCGGAAGGAAAAAGAUGAAAGAAUCUUGUGGAAGAAGAAUGAAGUUGCUGAUUAUGAAGCUACAACAUUUUCCAUCUUCUACAACAACACCCUUUUUCUGGUCUUGGUCAUUGUUGCCUCCUUCUUUAUAUUGAAGAACUUCAACCCCACAGUGAACUACAUUUUGUCCAUAAGCGCUUCCUCAGGCCUCAUCGCCCUCCUGUCAACCGGCUCCAAGUAGAUGGUGUCAGCUUUGCGUGCACCCUCCCCCCCUCUUUGUAUCUAUGGGUGGCCUGCGGUAUGUGGAAAAGUAGCAGGGUGGUCAGGGUGGGAGAUGCACAAGAUGUUUUUAUAAGUCUGGAGUUUGAGGGUUUGAAAAAUCCAACAAGAUAUAAUUCAAUAUUUGUUUAUUGGCUCUUUUUUUUGGGACAGAUUGUUGAAAUUAAAUGAAUUGAAAGGGAAACUCAGAGUGCCAGGACAUUUAUUAAAAGGAAAAAAAGUGUUGCAAUGUGUUAUAAUCACAAGAGGAGAAAAUAACUUGUUUCCUUGAUUUGUCAGAGGUCACAGUAACCUGGACUGAGCUGUUAUUAUUUAUAAUAGUAGCAAGAAGUUAAUAACUGGUUCUAUGUGUUCCAAGCACAAUAUUACAACUUUUUUUUUGCACCAUAAAUGCCAGAACCAAUCCUUUCCCUCUGGGAGAUUGAACAGAACCUUCAUGUUUGCAAAUCUCUGAAUUUGUGAUUUGAAAUAAAGUUAAAACAUGGUUUCUCCAACUUGCAUAAGAGAAACUUAUGGAAAA